GGCCGCCGGGCCCGCCCCGCCGCCGCUGGGAGCCCCCGGGGGCGGGGGAGCCGCUCCCCUGCGCGCCCGCCCCCGCUGCCGCCGCCGCCCGGGGCUGGACGCCGAGGCAUGAGAAGGAACCUCCCCGGCGGGCGGGCUGAGGCGGGUUCGGGCCCUGUGUGGCUGCGGACCGGCCGCCCCAUGCGGGCUCCGUCCCCCGCGGUCGCUCGCCGCUGCUGCCGCCCGCGCCGGGAUGGAGGCGCAGGGCAGCCGCCGGCGGCACCUCCCCGUCCUGCUGCUGUGGGUUAAUGGUCUAAUGACGCUGGGAUUCGCAGGUGCACGUCAACAGAGUGAGCUCUGCAAUGAAUCUCUCAUGUUGGAAAAGUUGCCUGCCUGUGGAAAAUCCUUUGAAGAGAUGAUGAAGAGAGUGGACUCAAAAAAGUGGUGCAACCUUACAGAAUUUAUCAUGUAUUAUGACAACUUUACCCAGUGCACAGAACGUGAAGCCAACAAUGCAAGUUGCUUUUGGCCAAACCCCCUUGCAGAAGGCUUUAUCACUGGAAUUCAUAAACAAUUCUUUUCAAACUGUACUUCAGAAAAGGUUCACUGGGAAGAUCCACCGGAUGAAAUUCUCAUAACGCUGAUCUUGAUCCCGGUCUUGUUGACAUGUGCCAUGAUAACACUGGUAGUAUGGUGCAGCAAAAGAAGUGAUAUCUUAGUGUAAGUUCUUCCUCUGGGCUUUCUUUUUCUUCAUUUCUUUCUUCCCUAAACACUAAGAAAGGAGAAUGAAGAGAGGAACAUGGCAUAAAGAUUUCAGAUCUGCUGAAACAGAACCAGUGAGAUACUCAGAUGCUCCUGUGAAUGAAGAGCUGCCUGCUGCUGCUGCGACACUGCUUCUGUCUUGACCAUGAGUAUUUGCUGGUGGAAAGCUCUACUUCCAUCAAGCCUCAUCAGCAUGGAAUUCACAGGCAGUUCCCAGAAACAGGAGGGUUUCCAAGCAAAUGGACCCCUUGUCUGCAAAAGGAGUAAGAUUACUUUCCUGUGGGCAAAGGUGGCUGGUAAAAUUUUGCAAAGCUGUAUGUGCGUAAUACUUACUGCGGGGGAAGUGAUAUCUCUUGAAGUUUUGUGCAGGACACUCAAGGUUUUCAUCCGUGAACCCUGUGACUUGGAGAGAUCCCUGGCACAGGAACUGAUUAUGGAUAUAACCAGGUGGCAGCUUUUCUUAGAAGCUGGUCAAAAUCAUCAUUAUCAAAGCUAGGAAGUAUUGUUCUGGCAAAGAAAUAAUUUCUGUGUCCAGUGGCUGUCUGCACAGGGAAAUUAUCCUGCCACAUUAUAAAAUAGUUCAGAAAAUUCCUUUAAGCAUGGCUGCUUGGAAUCGUAUGUCUUACAAACAAACUUUGGGGGGAUAUGUGAGUCCUACUUUACAGAUGUGAAAGGAAAUUGGUUGAUUAUAAAUGCACUAAGGAGUAAUGAAGAAACACCAGACUUUUCAUACACCAGACUCUUUAUUUUUCCUCUUUUAUAAUUAUUAUUCUUGAUGACUUGUGUUCGCUGUAUACUCCCCACUCUCACUCCAAUUUGUGCAAGUGAUAUUCUACAAAUAAAUAUAAAGGUGGCAUGGUGAUUGAGGUGCCUUUCAGAGUAUUGUACAUAAAUAAUUCUCUGUCCAGUGAAGAGUGUGGGAACUAAAGUAUGAACAUUAAAACUUGGAAUAGUAGUAGGAGGAAAGAGAAAAAUUCAACUCAGAAAUCUUAUUCUCUAAAGUUAUGUAAUAGUUGAAAUAAAGAUCAUAUGCUCAAAACAAAAGAACUUCUCUGUUGCAAACCUUCUUUUCACAACAUGCCUUUUGGUUCAAUGCUCUUCUAUGACUGUGCAAUGUCUGUUACAAGUGACUUUUCAUUUUUCCAUACCUUAUCCACACAAAUAAAAUACAAUUGAAUGGCCGAGUAAUUGUGCUUUAUAUAUUUUAUAGUUAGAUUUUCUCCUGUGAGGUUCUGGCUCCAUUUUUGAGACUUAGGUCUAUGAUUAUGAAAAGCAUUUCCAUGCUUGAAUCAAUUUACUAGAUUAUUUAUCUACAUACAUUGUGUACAGAUAAAUAAAUAACCCUUAUAAGCUGUACUGGUUUGUUUUCACAUCUUUUCACAAGGGUUGAAGGCACCAACGUGUUUAUUCAUUACUCUGAUAUUGGAAUGAUUCAAUUUUGAAAGUGUUUCCUGUGUGUUUUUCCAAAGAUUCUUCAUCAUUCUCUAGAUGCUAGCAGGAGUUGCACUUUGUAAAAUAGAAGAAUGAAAUAAUGUAUUAAGCAAUUCUGUUUCAUUUUCUAUUGAACUUUUAUUUUCUGUAUUAAAAUGCAUUGGACCACCAAAACUAGUGGUCAGUUAAGUCACCCAACCCAUUCAUUUUAUCCAAAAUAUUGUUUGGUUAAGCAUUUUGUGUGGCCAAACCAAGCAAUUUUAUAUUCUGCGCGGAGUUUCAUUUUAAUUCUCAUUUACUUAAACUUCAGCAAGCUUCAAGGCAAGUUUCAAAACUUUGGUUUGGAAACCACAUAGCAAAAAUUUUUACUUUUAAAAAGCCACAUUCAUUUCAACCUAACUGUCAUGUUUGGGGCAAAUUAUGGACAGUUUCUGGCUCAUUUGAAAUCAUGUUCAACUAAUGAACAGGUCGGCUGAGAGAUAUCAGUCAGCUUAACUCAUAAGCCUAAUUUAUAAAAUGGAUUGGCCUGGGUACUAAGUGAGAAGAAAGCAUGAUGAAUUCAUACCACCAGAUGUGUACUGUGGUCUUUAAAAGAAUGCCAUGUUUAAAGUCUCUGGUUCAAAGAGUCUUAAAAUAUAAGAUUCAAAGGAACAGAAAUAGUAGAUUUUAAUUCAUGUGCUGUAGAGUAGGGGUAGAGGAUGCUGACACUAGUCUGUGCUUUGGAGGUGAAAAUUUAAUCAUUGUUGUGUGUCUUCCUCAUCCAAGUGUGAUCUUCUGUUAUUUUUUAUAUGGCUGCAGAAGGGCAGGGAAGUUGAAAGAGUGCAUGGGAAACAACACAGAUUAUUCAGUGUAGUCUCAGUGUUUUAAAUCCGAGAAAUGUUUUUAGUGUUUUUAAGAAAAAUGCAGCUGCAGUAGUUAGUUCUUAACAGUUGUGUACAUUAACAGAGACCCAGAAUGAUAAUUGUUGAAUCUUUUGACAUAGGUUGUAUUAUGUGUUGAUGAGAGUUAGUGCAUUUUAGAACGUUUUUAUGUCUCCCCCAAGCCUAUUUCCAUUGGCAGGAAGAUCACAUCUGGUACCAAGAAUCUGGCUCAUUUAUUAAUUGCAAAUUAAUUUGAUAUCACAACAGAGUCUUAGGAAUAAUGAUAUUUAAAAAGAAAUAACUUGUUCAGAAUUCUUCCUAGAACUGCAACUGUGGUUGAUCCACAGCCAUAUUAGGCCAAAAGAGAAGUGCCAGCUAGCUGACAUUGCUAAUUGCUGUGCGUUAUGGGAUUUUUUGCAUUUAGUAGCAACUGUGGAAGUGUGUAUUUCCAUGGGGUAUAAGAGCUUCAGCAAAGAGUUAACAGAAGAUGAUGACUAGCAGGACCAAGGCAAAGGCAGAGAGGGUUGUCAUCUCUUUCAAGAAAAAUAGCAGAGGCCAAAGGAGGAACAGAGUUCCUUCAGGGCAAGGACAAAAAUGGUCAAGUACACAAAAAAAUGUGGUACUUUCUUCCAGGAUAUGACCUCACCAUAAGCAGGUUAGUAGCAAAUGUCUCUUGGGGCAUUGGUAGGGAAUGGUGAGGAAAUCCUGCAUGCUGUCUGCUUCUGUCCAGCGUUAAUGCGGAGGGAACCAACAGCCUCUCAUUUCUGGCAUCCCUACAAUUAAAUGAAUGUAUAUGGUGUAAAUUCCCUUCUACAGGGACUGGACUUCCAGAUGAAUUUACAGGAAUGUUCAGCAGGUGUACCCCUUUUUUGACUGGUGUAGGUGGUGUCUCUUCCUGCCUAAAUGUCCUUUGUGCAUCUUGGCAGCAGAUGUCCACCUGUUCCAAUACAUUGGCACUUUUGGAAGCUGAAGCAAAGUAUGAAUUUUGCAAGGCAGCAAGAUGUAAUGCAGCAGUGCUGGACAUUAUUUUGCUUAAGCCUUGAUCGUCAAAAGUAUGAGGGUAUUUCAGAAAAUGAAAGGUCCUGAGCUGUAUUUCCAAAGUCUGAGAAAAAGAAAACUUUCUAUUUUUUAACUCAUGGGUGGUUUGGAAGGAUAAGGACAAUUAGUGACUGUCGUUGCUUCUGAAUACAAGAAUUAUGGAGCUCUAUAUGUGCUUUGAUGGAAAUGCAAUGGUGUCUUAAUACUCAGAAGUGGACGUAGAAAAAGCUAUUGAAUUUUAGUUAAAAGAGUCUGUGUUUCUGCUAUUCUAACAGAAUUUUGAAAUAAGAAACUGAGAUCCUCAAAUAGCUCUGUGGAUUUGAUAAGAAAAGGAAAUUUUCUGCACAGUAGGAAAUCUGGGGAGUGUUGAGGCUAGUACCUUGUCUUUGAACUCUCAGCAGAACAUUUUGAAAGGAUACAAAUAGUAAUGGUGAAUAAGAGGCACAGUCUGUCAGCACCAACUGUGCCAAAGCACUCGGGCAGUGGAGGCAGAGCCAGGUGGUCACAGGCAGUACGGAGGUGCUGCCCUGCUUAGAGCUGGCUGGGAGAGCCGACUCUGCUCGGAAUUGUCGGGAGACACAUCAACACGGCGCCGUACUUGGCUUUGAGGGAUGUGCCCUCUUUGCCUUAUGCAGAAACCAUCCCUAACGUGAUGGCCUGGCUGCUGGAGUGGAGACAGCUUCAAAUGAGUUUGCAGAAGAUGCGCCUUUGUAGAGUUUCCCAGGAGUGUGCAUAUACAGACAAGACUUCCAGGGUACUUGGGGUUUUUUUGGAACGUGCAGGGAUGGCAGCAGCAUAGUUGGAUUUACUCCCUAAGGUUUGACAUUCUGAUAUUAGUUCAGUCCUGUCUAAAUCCUUCAUGGUGGGGUAUUUUUUUCUUUACUAGUUUUUAUAUCUAGGGUGUAGAUGUCUGCAUGAGAACAGGGUCUCAUACUUUGUUUUCAUCACGCUCUAAGGGAGACUCUUGGUUUUCAUGAGAUUAAUGGUCAGAAAUGCUCUUAAAGAACCAUUAAAUGGAUCCUAGCGACAGUUUCCCUGUAGCUUCAGCUACAAUGUGGUAGACAUCUAAAUUAUAGAGGAUGUUAAUCAUGCUCCCAGGUACCUUAGACCUCUGUUCUUCAGUGCCCCAUCUGAGUAGGGAAUAAUUUGAGAAGGAUGUUAUGAGCAUAAGAAGGUGAAUGAUCACAAGUUGCUCAAAGAUUAUUGAGUUGUGGAACCUACUUACAACAAUCUAAUGAUUCAAAAUGACAGCAAUUAGAAAACCAAUAGGAAAUACAGGCAGGGAGAAUUUUUGUGAUUCAGUCAAUUUGGCUAAUUGUUUUUCUUGGUUAUAAUUUUUUAUUUUCAGUUUUUCUUUUUUAAAAUUAAUGGGCUAGGAGGGGGAAAUAAGGAGCCUGUGCCUGUUAAAGCAGAGCUCUAAGUUCCUGAAAAAUGCCAUUGUAUUUCUCAUCUAUGAUUAACGUUAACAUGGCUCUUCUGUCAUCUUCAUUCUCCUGCUGCUCAGAAAAGCAGGAGAAUGCAAUUUUUGCCUGACAGUUUCAAUACCAUUAAAGAUUCAGAGUGACAACAGUGGAAGCUUUUUAGCACAUAGCUCUUAAAAGUGAAAUAUGUUGAGUGACUUGGAAACUAACUGAACUAUUCUUGGAGAGCACACCAGGGAGCUGCAUAGGUGCAGAAAGAGUGAGUGGGAGCACAGAUAAUUCCACUAACAAAAAUCUCUUUAAAUCCUAGGAAAUUAUGGUACAUUUAAUUGCUCACCUCAUAAAAACAAUCUUAGUUUGUAAUUCAAAAACAACUGGGGAAAACCUAAUUAUGUAUGUAAAUAUGUACCUUAUUUCUCCAUACUCUUCAACAGGACUGUAACAUUACUGCAGGGAAAAUGUGCUCCUAUUUUCCAGCUAUAUUUAUACACAGCAUGCAGAUGGAGAGGAUCCAGUGAUCAAUCACCAUAUUGUUGACAUUAUGGAGAGUGUGAGUGGUGUAUCUGCUCAACAUUUGAUGCAUAAAGAUGUUCCCUAUAAACCAGAAAAUGUUGUGUGGGUGCCUGUCACUGUAAAGAGGACAUCCCACUGGUUUAUAUUAGUGAGAAACCAUUGGAGGCACAUAUAAGCACAGUGCCAAGCUUCAUUUGAACCAAGACACUUGGGGAGACCAACUGAUGUCAGCCUUGGAGCACACCUGUGUCUGAUCAGACUCCUGUAACACCAAAAUAUUCAGAUUUUGAUAGACAAUAGUGGCCAAAUGUUGUAAACCCAAAGAUGCAUAUUUUAUGAGAAUUGAACAAACAGGUUGUUUUGUUAGGAACUUGGAUAGGAACUAAAUUUGAAAGCAAUUGCACAUUCAGUCAUUCUUAUUUCAAAUUACUGUAAUGAGGCUUGGAUUUGAGUGAGUCUUAAUGUUUAGAUAAUUAAACUAUAUAUCCACUUAUAGAUAAAAUAAUGCAUGUAAAGUUGCAUUUUGAUUUUUAAGUUGGUCUCUGUCCUUUGCAUUAAUUUUAACCUGAAUGAAGAGAGAAAAAUAAGGAAAAAAAACAACAACAAUUUUUUUUCUGAGGUAUAAAGAAUUUUGAUAAUUUAUUUAAAUAAAUUAUUUGUUUUUAUUGCUCUGGUUUAGUUUGCAAUUUUGACUUUGUAUAAAAGUGCAUUACUCCCUUUAAGGUCAGCAUGGAUACUUUUUCAAAGACAUGAAGGUAUAAAUACAGACAACUGUUGCCUUGCUUUCUGUUUUACUUUGAUGAAAAUACUGUCAGGGUCACAUCUUAGCCAUCAGACCUGAAGGAAUAGCCAAGUCAGAUUAUAAAGGAAACCUUCUCAACCCUAGUGGGGCACUGUAGUAGAGUGCUCCUUGGGGCUACCUGGAGACACUCUACAGACUGAAAAGCCUCACUUGGAAAGACUUGAGUUUGCUGUCUUUUGAUAAAGGGAAUAAUUUUUAAGGACAACUAUUAGUAAUUGAGGUUACAGUUUAUAGAAACUUUAUAGGAUCAGCAUCUUAGAGACCUGUGCACUGGGAUCCCCAUGCUGGGAUUUUGAAUAAGUGCAUUCCCAUGAGUUUCAGUCUCUAAGGGGAGAUAUUUGCUUAGAGUAUAACAUUUUUGAGGUGGUUGCAAUGAAUUUUCCUGUCAGCAGGGAGUGAAUCCCAGUUCUCUUGGAUGCCUAAUUUGUCCCAGGUUAUUUUAAAGUGAAGAGCUCUGGCAGUGAAUUUUACCCUUUUUAGGAAUUAAUCUAGGCAUUAAAACUAAUUUUUCAAACAUUUGGAGAAACACCAGUAUUUGACAAUCACACUGGCAGAAUGUUUGCAGGCUACCUGAUCGUUUUUCUGUCUUUCAAUGAUUUGGCUUUGCUAGCAAAAAUAACAUGAUUUAGGAGUACUUUCUUUAACAGAGUAGCAGAACUAGUAGUCCUUUCUAGUAACUAAAGUCUUAGUACUCAACACAAAAUACUCUCAUAAAUCUACUACAUACACUUUGAUUUUCUUAUGCUCUUUUCAAGAAAAGAAACCAUUAAGCAUAAUUUCAGGACUUAAGAUGUGGUAAUUGAGCACUGGAUCCUCUCCAUCUGCAUGCUGGAUAUAAUCUGAAAUAAUUAUGAAAUGAUUUUAUUUAAACGUGAAGGAAAAUGCUUCUGACUCCGUCUGCAUACUUUGGUAGAUUAUAAGACUGAAAAAAGUGCUGUUUUGUGUAAUAUGCAGUAUUGUCAAUGCAUACUGUAGGUUAGCAGUUUAGAAUACAAAUCAAGGGCAGAAAUAGGUCACAAAUAUUUCUAAUUCUGCAAAAGUGUACUAAUUAAGCAGGAGGAUUUUGCUGAGGAAAAAUCAACAUUAUAGUAUUUUCUCACAUGAAGGGUCCAAUACGAUAGUUUAUGAUGUUAGUUGAAGCUUUCAUGAAAAAAUGAAACCCUAACCCUAGUAGUGAGCAGGAACACAGUUAGAUGAACGCCUGGAAGAGCAAAGACCUAGAUCUGCAUCAGCUACUGAAGUUUCCAAUAUGUAAACAGUGUUUGAUUUGAGUCUGUCAAAUGUUUUUGCCCUGCUAUGGAUUGCUAUGCCUAGUUGUUCUGGGUUCCAGAAGUUUUAAGAACAUUAAGUUUAAGAGAAGAAACAAAGUUAAUCAAGUAAAAUUUAAAAAACAGUGCAACUUAAGUAAUGUGGGUAUUCCAGAGACCACAAUGCAUUCAGUUCUACAUUGAAAAACCCACAUUGCUCAUCAAUUUUUAUUUUUUCAUCACUUUAGGCUCGCAAAUAUGAAAGUUUUGAUUUCACUUGCUUAGAGAUGGGUUAAUUUUAUGGGUCCAAACUCUAUUUUACAUUCUCUAAUUGUAUGGUAUUUAUAGAGUGUUAUGAACAUGCUAAUUUUCUGCCAAUGUACUUUAUGGUAAAUCAGAGUUGGAUUCCCUUGCUCUCAGAGGACUAACAAAAAGAGUCAACUCUCUGUUUGGAGACACUAGACGUCCUUUGCAAUUAGUAUCACUCCAAUUGCCAUGAUGAGAAGUUUCAAGGAGAAGUGUGAUAAGAAGUACAGCAGUUCAUCCUUUCUAUUAGGCUCAAAUUCCUUUGAAGAGAAGCGAAUUCAAAGAACAAGAACUUUCCUUUUGGACCACAGCAUGUGCCUGUCUUAACAGUCUCCUUUAAUAAGGUUAACCUUCAUUUUAGCUCAAUGGCCUUAAACAAAUGUCAGUCAAGCAUUAUCUCCACCACUGCAUGUCUUAAUUCUCUUUCAUUCAUAGUGCAGUCUCCAGAGUCGUAAAAUUUUUUGCCCUUCAGAAAUACACCAAGAGGCAUUCAAGAUUCCUUUAAAAUCUUGCUGAUAUUUAUAAAUGUUAUCAAAUGGAAAAUAUUACCUUUUCCCCUUUAUCUUGGCUUCUAGAUAGGUUAGAAAGAUGUAUAGAAGGAGAAGUAAAAGACAACAGACAUAUUGUCUUGAGUGAAAAAUGACGAAGUUUCCAGGUGAUGUAAAACUUGACAUAUAUUUUACAGUUCCUGUAACAAGUAUGGUGUCAAAAAUCAUAUAAUCAAUGUAAGUAUUCAUUUAAAUUUUUAUUGUAUUUGUAAAAUUAAUUUAUGCUGAAGUUACUGACAGUUUUCCCUUUUUUCUAAUUUUCCCUAGUAUAUUAAAGUACAUUGUAUAUUGUACAGAGGUUUUGUAACAAGUCAGGACACGUAGGAUGAAUUUGUCAUACUCAUAUUCUGUUGUGCCCAAAGCUAUUAUUAAAAUCAAAGUGUUCAUAGAAGAAACGCUAAUGCACUAACAAAUUGGACCACCCAGCUCAUAGACAAAAAUAGAGAAUCAUUCUCUGUUUUGAAUAUAUACUAUUCUUGCUCAUGGGAAUACACAGUUGAAAGGAAAAAUGUGGCUGUUGUUCUUGCUAAUGUUUGUUAUAAAUGGAAUGCACCAUUUAUUACCCUUGUGUAAAGUACUAUGCAAAGUAAAAGUCUUGGAAUAAAGAAAAGAAAAAUACA